CAACAGAAUCGACAAUUAUUCGUGCGGAAACUUGGAAAGGAGAAAACUUACCGCCUACCCAUCCAGCUAUGAAAUCGUUCCAACAGAAGUCUGAAGUCAGCGAAGUGAAAUGCUUCAUCUCAUAUUAAGGUUCUAGCGUGAAUUCUCGAGUUCUUCUAAGUAGUCGACUGUUUCUUGAAAGUCCCUUAGUUCAUCACAACUUGAGCGUAAAAAAAGAACCCGAGCCGAGCCGCGAUCGAUGACCUUGAAUACGUUCACUUUUGAUUUUGUGACAAUUCGAUCAGAAUUACAAGUGAUAUGUUAUCCAGAAAAAAUAAAGAUCUUAGGAGUAUCAAGGAGGGUGUUGUUGGAAAGUAUGUUAAAAAGGACACACCACCAGAAAUGCCAAUAAUAAAUGUAUGGACGACAGAGCCAAAACGAAGACUAUCUCAACAAAGUCGUACCUCUAUAGCGACGAUACCGCCUGUAGUGACGUCAAAUUCACUGCCCAGUAUCACCGUGCAAAAGUUCGGCAAUCAAAAGACCACAAUAAGCGACGUUGGUUUGGGAGCGCACGAGGGCAAGUAUACACCAAGCUCGUCAGUGCCGAACUUGGCCACCAGGUUUGCCAAUUUGUCGGUUAUUAAUAGCGAGAGCAGUUCGAGCGUGGCGGUCACGACCGUCAACCAGAACACCUACGCCAGCCAACAUCACAUCAAUUCUUCGUAUAACAUAGAUAGUUCAUCGAAUAAUGCCAAUUACGUGGAAAUAGAUCAAUUGUUUUCUUUGAGACAAACGGAAAAUACUCAAUAUAACAGAGAUAGUAAUUAUAAUCGUACACAAUCGCCUAUUUAUCAGAAUACAUCGGAAAGUGGAAACGUACCAAGAUUGAGUGAUACCACCCCGAUUUAUAGUAAUACAAAUUCCGAACACUAUCAGUCUCAUUAUCCUGGAAUGAGUUAUGGAGAAACUCUUGCACAUAGAUUAAGGCAUAGCAAUGGGCAAACAGAAAACACUCAAGAUCAAUCUGAAGAGUUACCAUUACCACCUGGUUGGUCAGUUGAUUAUACAUUAAGGGGUAGGAAAUAUUACGUUGAUCAUAAUACGAAAACUACACAUUGGUCACAUCCCUUAGAAAGAGAGGGCCUACCUACUGGGUGGCAAUGUAUUCAUUCGCCUCAAUAUGGAGUUUACUAUUUUAAUCAUAUUACACGACAAGCUCAGUAUGAGCAUCCAUGUUUAAUGCCUUGUUUUAAUUAUCAACCUGAAGUGAGAUAUUUCAAUCCUCCAAGACAAACAAAUUAUCAGCCUCACAGCGUUUUAGUACCAGCAAAUCCGUAUUUAAAUGAAGAAAUUCCAGAUUGGUUAAUAGUAUAUUUUAAAGCAAGUAUUGAUCAUGAUCAUAAAUUGAAUUGGGAUUUAUUCCGAUUGAAUGAACUGGAUUGUUUCAAUGCUAUGUUAACCAGGCUUUAUAAGCAAGAAUUACAAAAUAUUGUGAUGAGAUAUGAAUCGUAUAGGGCAGCACUGUUGGUACAAAUGGAGAAAUUUAAAGUACAACGGAAUUCUCCACGAGCAAUUACAGGACAGUGAAUUAUAAAUGUUCCUUUUCUUUAGUAAAUCAAUAAUUUUACAAAUUGAACAAUUAUUACAGUAUAUAACGAAUUUAUUACUACGAAUAUUAAAUGACUUAUAUUUUAAGUUUUUAUUUAACCCUUUCCUUCCCAAAUUAAUUCCGCUACUGGAAAUCGAAAUAGGAAUUUAAAUGUGAUAGCCAUAUGGCUACCAUGGAAAGGAAAGGGUUAAACUUAAUUGAGACGCUAUUCUCUAUUACUACCCUUUGUGAUUUUAAGUAUUGCUUUAGUUUUUAGGACCCUAAUUUACCGCCCCGUUAGAAUCACUGAUCGUUUCGCCGUUUGUUUUUAUUUGACUAUCAGAGUCGUUAUUAUUGAUUUCGUAUCGUUUUACAUUGAACCCUUCCACUCUGUACACCGUGGCCUUUUUUAUUCCUAAAGUUUUUGACCAUUGUUGGGCUGAAAAAUAAAGUAUAUUUAUAUUUCAAUGA